AUGGGUGCCUUCUACUACCACGACGAACUGCCGGGGACUUUCACUGACGAGCACAAUUCGGGAAAGCCUGUUAGCCUGGAGCAGCUGGAGAAAAUAGGCGUUUUUUACAGACAUUUUGAGACUGUGGAAGAGGUCGACGUUGUGGCCAAAGAGCGCAAUUAUAAGAAUAGAGACGAAAUUGUUCUUUCAGAGGCAACUUUCCCUGGUGGACCAGAAGCGCUGCAAGCCAAGCUGGAGGUUUUCUACAAAGAACAUCUCCACGAGGACGAGGAGAUCAGGUACAUAUUAGAUGGUGAAGGCUAUUUCGAUGUGAGAGAUGACAACGACAGAUGGAUUCGCGCAAAACUGACCAAGGGUGAUCUUUUGAUUCUUCCAGCCGGCAUCUAUCAUCGGUUCACCCUGUCUAAUUCCAAGUACGUCAGAGCUUUGAGGUUAUUCAAGGACGAGCCAAAAUGGGUGGCUCUUGACCGUGGAACCGACCAGGCUGAGUCGAGCUUUUCGAGAACCGAGUACCUUCGCAGUGUGAGCGUCAACUAG